GUUAUAAUGCUGGUUGUAUUCAAUACAUGCACAAUGUCCUACCAAGGUAGAAGGUAGAAGGCACCUACUUAAGUAUUGGAUAGCGGCUACCUAGGUCGAUGCUAAUAGGUACCUAGGUACUUUCGAUACCUAGUGUGAUGUACCUACUAGGUGAGAUCACAACGUUAUCUUAUCAAGAUAAGAUCUAUGGGAACUUUUCUAACUACCUAGAUCAAACCCUGACCAACAACACUUCUGAUCAUAUCUCCGGUUCGGACUGCUCAGAUCGUUGAAACCAUUCAUGAAAAGCAAAUCCCUGUGAUUGUGGCGGCAAAAUGACUGUCGAUGCUCUUGACUCUGAAACAAAACUUCAAGCCGUACCCCAAGGCAUGCGCAAGAAUGGAAAACAAUGGCACGCACCGCGAAAAGCAUUCCGUCCCUCGGCUGGCUUAACAUCGUAUGAGCAGCGUGAGAAGAGGCGACUGGCAAUGUCUGUGACAAAAGCGAAAGAGAAGGAGAUGAAAGAAGAGAAAGAGGCAGAACGACAACAACGAGUGCAAAAAAUCAAGGAUAAACGCGCUGCGAAGGAGGAGAAGGAAAGAUAUGCAAAGAUGGCGGAGAAAAUGCACAAGAAACGAGUGGAGAGGCUGAAGAGGAAAGAAAAGCGCAACAAACUUCUCAACUCAUGAGCAAAUAUUGGCACUUGCGCUUUCGAAAAUUUUCGCUCCAGGAGGGAUAAGUACAGCCGUAAAGGCGGGACCAGCUUGACUACGAAUCAAACUGCGCUGAAAGCUCUGGCCAUGCUUCGGAACAUUUCCAUAACACCAAAAUGCUUCACCUAC